AUGGAGACUUUGAUGGACGAGGCCAUGGAGAGCUACGCUUAUCCCUCGUACAACCCUUAUUCCUACCGCUACCAGCCGCCCAAGAGCAAAAGCGGGCAGGGCGCCUGGCGGCAUCACCACUACCAACAGCACCACCACCACCACCGCAACGGCGGCGGCGGCGGCUACUUGUCCGGCUACAGCGAAGCGAUGGUGGCGGCGGCGGCCGAAUACUUCGACAACUACCAGCGGGCGCAGCUGAAGGCCAUCCUCUCGCAGGUCAACCCCAACCUGACGCCGCGGUUGCGCAAGGCCAACACCAAGGAGGUGGGAGUGCAGGUCAACCCUCGUCAGGACGCCUCGGUGCAGUGCUCGCUCGGGCCGCGGCCGCUGCUCUUUCGCUCCCGGGCCCGAGGAGGAGGAGGCGGCGGCGGAGGAGGCGUCGUCGAGCAGGAACGAGGCUGCCUGGUCAGCGGCGGCGCCGCGCGGCACGUGCGCUUCCCCCGGACCAUCGCCGUCUACUCGCCGGUGGCUUCCCGACGCCUCCCCGCCUUCUUGGAAGAACCUGAGCACCGAGGGGAAGGCCGCCGACGCAGCCCGCGCCGUCCGGGCUCCCCGUCGAAGCCCCAAGCCGUCAGUUCGGCCGAGGAAGGGGAAAAGUGGCAAGGCGAAGAAGGCGCACCGCAAGCGCUCGGGGAGGAAGCCGAGGCGGACAAGGCCCGCGUGCGCUUCCAGUUCCUAGAACAGAAGUAUGGCUAUUAUCACUGCAAGGACUGCAAUAUUCGAUGGGAGAGUGCCUAUGUCUGGUGCGUACAGGGCACAAGCAAGGUUUACUUUAGGCAGUUUUGCCGAACUUGCCAGAAAUCUUACAACCCGUACCGGGUGGAGGAUAUUACCUGCCAAAGCUGCAAGCAGACCAGAUGUUCCUGCUCUGUGAAACUGCGCCAUGUGGAUCCCAAGAGACCCCAUCGUCAAGAUCUUUGUGGAAGAUGCAAAGGCAAACGGCUUUCUUGCGAUAGCACCUUUAGCUUCAAAUAUAUUAUUUAA